AUGAACGGACAGUUCAGUUACCGUAUCUUUUUAGGUCCUUCGGACUAUACGGGACAAUUGGGGCGCUCUGGCCCUCCUGGCCUACUCGGACCGAAGGGAAACCCUGGAAAGCGAGGCCCGAAAGGGGAACUGGGGAGAAUAGGAAUUCCUGGGUUGCCAGGUCUCCGAGGUCCAAUUAGUCCUAACGGUGCCCCUGGCAUCAGAGGUCCAACAGGCCCCCCUGGUCUUCCGGGCGCCGAAUGCGUUUAUGAUGACCCUAAAGGAGACCCUAAAGGCGACUGCGUUUAUGAAGAUUCUAAACGAGACACUAAGGGCGACUGCUUUUCUGAAGACCCUAUAGGAGACAUUAAAGGCGAAUGCGUUUAUGAAGACCCUAGAGGAGAGACUAAAGGCGGCUGCCUUUAUGAAGACCCUGAUGGAGACCCUAGAGGCGACUGCGUUUAUGAAGACCCUAUAGGUGACCCUAAAGGAGACUUUGCAUCCCGCCGUAACCUAAGAGAACAAUCAGACUUAGUGGAAAGGGAAUCUAGGAAACAACAAUAA